AUCUUCCUAAUCAGACUUUGCUCCCCCAACUUAAGUCGGGUCAGACAUCAGAGAGAAGCCCAGUACUUGUUUCCUUUCCCAGCUGAGCUUCCCCUUUGGUCAUCAUUCCCAGAGUGCUGGCUUUUUGGAUUCCUGUGGUAAGGAGUUGCUGAAAACAGUUUCUUCCCCACACAUGCAUUUGGGACUGCCACUUAUCUGUCUCUUCCCCUCCUCCCCAGCUUAGGGACAUCUAGGGCCAAGUCUCCCCAGGGAACAUGAGGAUGAGGUCAGAGACAGGAGAAGCUCAGUACCAAAUGUAUCAUAGGUGGGAUGGGAAUAUAUAUGGGAAAAGGGUCAAGUGCUAUUAACUGAGUUAGGGGUGAAGUGAAUUAUUUAAAAGGAGAAAAAUCAGCACAAGUUCCUAGCCAUGUGGCUUUCUCAGAGCAGGGAGUGGCCCCUCCUGACCUGGGGGCCCAGCAGGCUGACCUUUGACCCCAACCUCAGAUAAGAGUGAACCAUUAACUCCUAUGUGAACCUUCCCACACUGGCCCCACCCCUAACCCCGCCCCAAAGCAGGUGGGUGAGGAGGGGGAGCCUGUCUGUCUCAGCCCUCUAUAUGACGUGGACUCCAUUGCACCUUGGCACCUGGAGGCUGAGCCCAGGACUCCAUUGCACCUGGGCACCUGGAGUUUCCCCCUCUUGGACUUGAGAACUUCUUAAUGUCCACAGCAAGGCCUGCAGGGACCUGAGGGCACAUUCCUAAAGAUGUUCCAGGGGGAAUAGAAGACAGAACCAGAGUUUCUAAUUCAUUCCUUUCAAAGAUGGGGCGCCCAGUGUGUUGUCUGCUGACUGGCCUAUAUGUAGGGUUGGUCUUAGGCUGGGUAGGGGGUUCAGUCCCCAACCUGGGCCCUGCUGAGCAGGAGCAGAAUCAUUACCUGACCCAGCUUUUCGGUCUCUAUGGUGAGAAUGGAACCCUGACGGCAGGGGGCCUGGCCCGGCUUCUCCAUAGCCUGGGGCUGGGCCGAGUUCAGGGGCUUCGCCUGGGACAUCAUGGGCUUCCAACUGGUCGGGUUGCACUCCCAGCUGAAGACAAUUUCACACACAGGCCACAAGACCCUGAGCUGAGUGUGGAUGUCUGGGCAGGGAUGCCGCUGGGUCCACCAGGGUGGAGUGACCGAGAAGAGUCAAAAGCCCCUCACCUACCCCAUGGGCCAGCCUCCUCGGGCCUAGGCCUCUUUCACAGGCUUCUACUGUUGGAUCAUUCAUUGGCUGAUCAUCUAAAUGAGGAUUGUCUGAAUGGCUCCCAGCUGCUGGUCAAUUUUGGACUGAGCCCUGCUGCCCCUCUGACCCCCCGUCAGUUUGCUCUGCUGUGCCCAGCCCUGCUUUAUCAGAUCGACAGCCGUGUGUGCAUCCAGAUCCCGGCCCCAGCACCUCCAGGGAAUCUACUCUCUGCCCUACUUUAUAGCACCCUGGCAGUCCUGUUGCUCAGCCUCCCUGCUCCCCUCUCCCUGCUGCUGCUGCGGCUCCUGGGACCUCGUCUAUUGCAGCCCCUGCUGGGCUUCCUGGGGGCCCUGGCCGUGGGCACUCUUUGUGGGGAUGCGCUACUACAUCUGCUGCCACAUGCACAAGGAGGGCAACACACAGGACCUAGUGGGCAACCAGAGGAGGACCUGGGUCCAGGGAUAUCAGUACUUGGAGGCCUCUUCCUGCUCUUCACGCUGGAGAACAUGCUAGGGCUUUUUCGGAACAGAGGUCUCCGGCCAAGAUGCUGCAGGCGAAAAAGGGAUCUCGAAAUACCAAACCUGGACCCCGAGGAUGACAGUGGGAUGGCCCUCCGGCCCCUACAGGCAGCUCCAGAGCCAGGGGCUCAGAGCCAGAGGGAGCAGAACAGCCAGCCCCCACCAGCCCCAGUCCUUCCUGGGCACCAAGGUCACAGUCACAGGCACCGGGGUGGCAGCAGUGCCAACUUCACAUGGAUGGUCCUCCUAGGAGAUGGUCUGCACAACCUCACUGAUGGACUGGCCAUAGGUGCUGCCUUCUCUGAUGGCUUCUCCAGUGGCCUCAGCACUACUCUAGCAGUCUUCUGCCAUGAACUGCCCCAUGAACUGGGUGACUUUGCAAUGCUGCUUCAGGCAGGGUUCUCCUUUCGGAGGCUGCUGCUGCUGAGUCUCGUGUCUGGAACCCUGGGUCUUGGGGGUGCAGCGCUUGGGCUGCCAUCCCUGCUUCAUCCUCCUGAGCUCCUACCUACUUUCCAUGUGCUACUGCAGGGGCUGGGGUUGCUGCUGGGGGGCAGCCUCAUGCUUACCAUAGCCCUGCUGGAGGAGCAGCUGUUGCCCCUGGUCUCUGAUGGCUGAUGGGGGCCAGUGGCAAGGGGUCCAGGUUGCCCUUCCUUCCCCCCAACCACAGGAAUGGAAGCGGGACACAGGGCCAGUAGGAGCAAUAGGAUUUUAAUAAACAGAACCCAUCCCAAA